UUCUUCUCCUUUAACAUCUGACUUCUAUAACAUAAAAACAAGAGGGCUUAUGCCAAUGGAAGGAGGCACAGGUUGCUUUUGAACUCAGCCUCUCCAGGAACAGAGAAAGUGCCCAGGUUGGUGAGGUGUCCUGUCUGCUACACUAAUCCUGCCCUCUCUGUAAGGACAAAAGAGCUGGCAGCACUACCACUAAUGCUGGGAAAGAAAUAAGAGUUCAGGAGCUCCCAUACAACCCAUAAGCAGCUUCCUUGCUCCCAAGACUUUUCUAUUUUCGUUCCCGAUGUCAUGUGAUCCCCCUGGCCAGUGAGAGCCUCGCAGAGGGAAUGGCAACAGCCUGCUGGGAGCAAUGUGGACUGCCAGCUGCCGAUCUCACUGUUGACAGUAAAAGCAGAUAUGUUCCUUGCUCACUGCCAUUAGCACUGACCAUGACCCUUCACACCAAAACCUCUGGAGUUACCCUGCUGCACCAGAUUCAAGGAACUGAACUGGAGACACUGAGCAGACCUCAGCUGAAGAUUCCCCUGGAAAGAUCGCUCAGCGACAUGUACGUGGAGACCAACAAGACAGGAGUUUUUAACUACCCAGAAGGAGCUACCUAUGAUUUUGGUACUACAGCUCCAGUGUACAGCUCUACUACGCUCAGUUACGCCCCUACUUCUGAAUCUUUUGGGUCCAGCAGUCUGGCAGGAUUUCACUCACUGAACAGUGUCCCACCAAGCCCGGUGGUGUUCUUGCAAACGGCACCCCAGCUCUCACCCUUCAUCCAUCAUCACAGCCAACAGGUACCCUAUUACCUUGAAAACGAUCAGGGCAGCUUUGGAAUGAGGGAAGCUGCUCCUCCAGCCUUCUAUAGGCCAAGCUCUGAUAACAGGCGCCACAGCAUCCGGGAGAGGAUGUCCAGUACCAAUGAGAAAGGGAGCCUGUCCAUGGAGUCCACCAAAGAAACCCGGUACUGUGCUGUCUGCAACGACUAUGCUUCAGGCUACCAUUAUGGGGUCUGGUCUUGCGAGGGAUGCAAAGCUUUCUUCAAAAGGAGUAUUCAAGGGCACAAUGACUACAUGUGUCCUGCUACUAACCAGUGCACCAUCGACAAGAACAGAAGAAAGAGUUGCCAGGCUUGUCGACUGAGAAAAUGCUAUGAAGUGGGAAUGAUGAAAGGUGGAAUCCGGAAAGACCGCAGAGGUGGACGAGUGAUGAAACAAAAACGUCAAAGAGAGGAGCAGGAUUCCAGAAAUGGGGAGGCUUCUUCAACAGAGCUGCGAGCUCCCACCCUUUGGGCGAGUCCACUGGUGGUUAAACAUAACAAGAAGAACAGUCCGGCCCUAUCCCUGACGGCAGAACAGAUGGUCAGUGCCUUGCUGGAAGCUGAGCCACCGCUAGUUUAUUCUGAAUAUGACCCAAAUAGACCAUUCAAUGAAGCCUCUAUGAUGACCCUGUUGACCAACCUUGCAGACAGAGAAUUAGUGCACAUGAUCAACUGGGCAAAAAGAGUUCCAGGAUUUGUGGAUUUAACACUCCAUGAUCAGGUCCAUCUACUGGAAUGUGCUUGGUUAGAGAUACUGAUGAUCGGCUUAGUCUGGCGCUCCAUGGAACACCCAGGAAAGCUUUUAUUUGCACCUAACCUAUUACUGGACAGGAAUCAAGGGAAAUGUGUGGAGGGCAUGGUGGAAAUCUUUGACAUGCUGCUGGCUACUGCUGCUCGGUUUCGCAUGAUGAACCUUCAAGGGGAGGAAUUCGUGUGCCUUAAGUCCAUCAUCCUGCUCAAUUCUGGUGUGUACACUUUUCUUUCCAGCACCUUGAAAUCUCUAGAAGAAAAAGACUAUAUUCACCGUGUCCUGGACAAAAUCACAGACACUCUGAUUCACUUAAUGGCUAAGUCAGGUCUUUCUCUGCAGCAGCAACACAGACGACUGGCUCAGCUCCUCCUCAUCCUCUCUCACAUCAGACACAUGAGCAACAAAGGAAUGGAGCACCUGUACAAUAUGAAGUGUAAGAAUGUAGUUCCACUCUACGAUCUCUUGCUGGAGAUGCUGGACGCUCACCGACUGCAUGCCCCAACAGCCAGGAGUGCUGCACCAAUGGAAGAGGAGAACCAGAGCCAGCUGACAACUGCAUCAGCUUCAUCUCAUUCCUUGCAGUCUUUUUAUGUAAACAGCAAAGAAGAGGAAUGUGCAGAAUACAAUAUAAGUAGAAGUCACAAUAUAUAAUUGUAUGAGAAACCCAGCAGCAUACUACCUAGCUCAUGCUUCAUUUUGUCUAUAGUGCCACCUUUGAAAACACUCCAGUGACAGCAGCACCUGUAUUUUUCAUUUGAGUGUUUGUCAAGCGGUUACCUAAACUGAUUGCUUAUCCUAAAUGGAAGACAUGUCAUUGCUGUGGACAGCUAGCAAGGAUUGUCAGGCUAACUUGAUUUAAAAUUUGCAGUGUUUUUAUUUAAUUUUGCACAUAAGUUUGAUAAGUCCUAAUCUAAACCAUACAUUAGUUUUACUUUAAAUUGAUAGGGGAUACCACUCAUGCAUAUUGGAAUUUUAAUGAGUGGUAGCCUUUGUUGAUAUCCACCCAAAAUCCUGAGCUUGCUUAAUCCUUUACUUGCUUGAAACUUUUAAGCAAUUUGGUAGAGAUUCUGGAUGAGAUUUUGGGGGGUGUAAAUAGAAAGUUAUCUGGCAUCUUAGUGUGCUGUAGUGAAACUGCACUGCUAGGGACUGCCUUGGUAGUUAGAUUCCUGCCUCUUUUCUUCCUACAGUAGAAAGGAACCCCUGUCUGAGAAUAAUGCUUUACCUUGCUGGCUUACAUCAGCAGAGAACUCCAUCUCAAGCUCAUUCUGACCAAAUUUUAGGUACCCUUACCAUAUCCUCUAGACGAAUUGCAUUGCAUGCAUCCUAUCUUGUCUGAUCCUAGAAAGCUAAAUUGUUCUGUUGCUCAACAGUGUAAGUACAGGGCAAUGUGGCAAACAGUAAUAACAUAGAUAAUUACUCUUGAAUCAGAUGAGAUGAUUACAAAAAUCAUCAGGUCUUUAAAAGAAGGUCUUCACACACCUACAGGAUCCAGCACUAUUUAUAAAAAAAUAUCCCCCUGUCCUGUGCUUUGCUGUGCUACAAAGCAAGGGGUG